AUUUUCUUGGAAUCGAAAAUGGAGUUCAAACUUGCCAUGAUCCUCUUAUUAAUUUUAUCUUGCACUCGUUUGUUUUCCGCCACUACAGAUUGCCAUGAUCCUCUCAUCUUCAACUUCGGAGAUUCUAACUCCGACACCGGCGGCUAUUCCGUCGCUAACGGCAUCUUUGGUGGCAACUCGCCGGUUGGUCGGAAGUUCUUUCAUAGAUAUUCCGAUCGUUUUUGCGACGGGCGCUUAGUCAUCGAUUUCCUCUGUGCAAAUGUGAAGGCCGAACUAUUGUCUUCAUAUCUGGAAUCACUAACUCCAAAUUUCAACAGUGGAGUUAAUUUUGCUGUAGGUGGUGCAACUGUACUCCCUGUUAAAUCAAAUUCCUUCCAUUUGAAAGUUGAAGUCGCUGAAUUCCAUCGUUUUCAUGCCCGCUCUGUUAUCUUCCACACCGAAGGUAUUAAAGGCAUGUUUGAUGAAGAUGAUUUUCAAAAUGCCCUAUAUAUGAUAGAUAUAGGGCAGAAUGAUCUUACGGGUGCCUUUUUAAACUCCUCCUCCUCCAAACUUGAAAUCCUUCAACAAAUACCAGACUUGAUUACUGGUAUCAAAGAGGCUGUUGAGACUCUUUACAAAAUUGGUGGCAGAAAAUUUUGGGUGCAUAACACCGGCCCAGCAGGAUGUUUGCCAAAUAUGCUUGCAAGAACUAAAGUGGGAGAUCCCCGUGGUGAGCGUGACGGGGUUGGUUGUCUGAAAUCACUUAAUGAAAUUUCCCAGGAAUUCAACACCCAACUCUACCAUCUCUGUGAAGAAUUGCGAACAGAACUGAAAAAUACUGUGGUGGUGUAUGUAGAUAUAUACACCAUCAAGUAUGACCUUAUAUCCAACUCUGCCCUCUAUGGGUUUGAAAAUCCGUUAAUGGCAUGUGUUGGGUGCGGUGGCCCACCUUACAAUGCCGUAAUGUGUGAGCAGACUACGGUGUGCGGAGAAGACACCAAUUAUAUAAGUUGGGAUGGAGUGCAUUAUACCGACAGAGCAAAUGGUGUGUUUGCAGCCAGAAUUGCGACCACCAACUACUCGACGCCUCCAAUCAAGUUUGAGUCUUUCUGGUGUUGAUGAGCCCGAAUAAUGGCUUUUGUUAUUUUGAUGUUUUAAAUUGUUGUUUAAUGUGACACUUUAAAUGGCUUGAAUUUUACUUCAUCGAAAUGCAUGGAUUGAUGGAUGUUAAUUAAA